GAUGUGUACAUUAUUAUUAGUUUAAACUAUGAAUGAGCGUUGUAUAAUUAUUGUCACUAUAUUAUCACAUUUUUGCCAAACAAAAUCAUGGCCGGCGUCUGAACUUAUCUUCGUCCCACCAACUAGCUCCUUAUGCUGCCAUAGACAAACAUUUAAUAAUCACCUAAAAAAAAAAGUAAAAAGGAACAGCAUUUGCAAGCUAAUAAUUGAGCUGCAAAAAUUCAGCAAAUUUAGGGCACAGCAAGUUGUAUGAUGCAAGAUCCAUGGAAGCUGGAGGAGGGAUUUUCAGCCAGCGGCCACCAGACCAAAAUCGACAUCACCCACGCCGAGCAGAAGGGUACGACGACGACAGCAGCCCCGGCCGACCCGCCGAAGGAGCCGCCGUCGGCAAAGCAGAGGACCAAGCGAGUCGCGACCUUGGACGCCUUCAGGGGUCUCACAAUUGUGUUGAUGAUACUUGUGGAUGAUGCUGGGUCUGUGUGUCCAACGGUGAUGGAGCAUUCGCCGUGGGAUGGGUGCACGUUGGCUGAUUUUGUGAUGCCAUUUUUCCUCUUCAUUGUGGGGAGAAUUUCAAGGUUCGAUUUCGCAAUAAGAAAGAUUACUCUGAGGACGUUGAAGCUCCUCUUUUGGGGAAUUCUGCUGCAAGGAGGUUAUUCUCAUGCACCGGAUCAUUUAACUUAUGGAGUCGACUUGAAGAAAAUCCGAUGGUUCGGCAUUCUCCAGCGAAUAGCUUUGGUGUACUUUGUUGUGGCUUUAAUAGAAACUCUAACCACCAAGCUCAGGUCGACAAGCCUAGAACCCGAUCAUUUCUCAAUUUUCACUGCCUACAAAUGGCAAUGGAUGGGUGGCUUUGUGGCAUUUGUGAUCUACAUGGUCACGACAUUCUCUCUUUACAUACCGGAUUGGAGUUUCGUGGUGUACCACAAUCACGGGCCCGAAAAAUACACUGUAAAAUGUGGGAUGAGAGGGCACUUGGGACCUGCGUGCAACGCAGUUGGUUAUGUGGAUAGACAAGUUUGGGGUAUUAAUCAUCUAUAUGUAAAACCAGCUUGGAGACGGUUAAAGGCUUGCACUCUAAGUUCUCCAGGUGCUGGACCACUCCGUGAGGACGCACCUACUUGGUGUCGAGCACCAUUUGAACCGGAAGGACUGCUUAGCUCAAUUUCAGCAAUAAUAUCGGGAACCAUUGGAGUUCACUACGGCCAUGUUCUGAUUCAUUUCAAGGGUCAUGUAGAACGCCUCAAACAAUGGGUAUCGAUGGCGCUUGUUUUGCUGAUUCUCGCCUUAAUUCUCCAUUUUACGGAUGGUGAUAUCUCUAUUCCCAUCAACAAGCAACUCUACAGUUUCAGUUAUGUUUGCGCUACAGCUGGUGCAGCAGGCAUUGUGUUCUCCGGAUUCUACAUAUUGAUUGAUGUAUGGGGAAUCCGAACGCCAUUUGUGUUCUUGGAAUGGAUUGGAAUGAAUGCAAUGCUCGUUUUUGUGAUGGCAGCCGAGGGGAUUUUCGCGGCAUUUAUAAACGGAUGGUAUUUCGAGAAUCCGCAUAACAACCUGGUAAAUUGGAUUCGACGGCAUGUUUUUACCGGUGUGUGGAAAUCCGAGCGUGUGGGUACUUUGCUAUAUGUAAUAUUUGCCGAAAUCACAUUCUGGGCAGUGGUCUCCGGCAUCUUGCACAAACUUGGUAUUUACUGGAAAUUGUGAGUCUAGAACGAAGCAAACAAGUUCUAGAAAAUUAGUUUUAUACUCAUUUUACGAUUCUACUAUUCGUAAAUAGAAGAUUCGGAAUAAAAUCUUAAAACCAUUUCAGGUUGAAUGAAAAAAUAAUUCUAUAGUUGCAAACGUGAAGGAAUUUCAUUUUAUGCAACACAAUUAACCCAAUUAUUACGAAAAAGGAAAAACAUACAAUUAGACAUUGUGGUCUACUAAAAGCAACGCGAAUAUUAAAAUACUAGAUAACUUUAUUUUUAAGGAAAAAUAGUUGUUUUUACAAAUGGAUAUGUAUUAUGAAAACCUAUUUUACCC